CGUCGUCGCUAGCGGAAAGAUACCGGUUUCGACAAAGGCGGCAAAAUGCAGGUGAAAAUGUAUCUACGUAUGUGGCGGAGUUGAAAAAGCUGUCAAAGCAUUGUAAAUUUGGCACGGAGCUAAAUGGAAAUCUAAGGGAUCAAUUCAUUUGUGGCUUAAUGAGCGACUUAAUUAGGCAACGGCUUUUUGCGGAGGACGACAACAUAACCUUCGCAGCUGCAGUCAAACUUGCAACCUCAUUGGAGGCAGCAGAGCGGGACGCGGCGUUAGUGGAGCAGGCAAAGGUAACGAGUUCGAGCGGGACGGGAGAUGCGCAGGCCGUGAUGUUUGCGAGUCGGGCGACAUCGAGUACAUUCAGCGGAGGACAAUCGCGGGCGCCGGUAGUUACGCAACAGCGGCGAAACGCAAAUUUUAAUGGCCGGCAAGAGAGGCACUGCGAGGCCUGUGGCGCGCGCAACCAUAAUUACGCGACUUGCAAGUUCCGGGACUAUGUGUGUAGCAAGUGCCAGCGUACAGGCCACUUGCGGCGGGUGUGCCCGGACUGGGGCGCGGCACCGGGCACCGCGGGCCGUGGCGGAGCGCGGGCGCCGGCCCGGCGCGGAGGGGCAGCGGCGGCGGCGCCGGCCCGGCGCGGAGGGGCAGCGGCGGCGGCGCCGGCGCGGAGUGCCAUGCAUUAUGGGGUGGCCGAUCACGAGCAGAGUGAGGAUUACGGCGGAGACAUCGAGGAAGAAUUACAUCACCUAUGUUUAAAUAACUACCCGGCGAUAUGAGGCGUUGUUCAGCGACGGACUGGGCCGGUACAAGGGCGGCAAGGCGACUUUGAGGGUGCGGGAAGGUGCAGCACCGGUGUUCCAUCGCGCACGCCCGAUGCCGUACGCGCUGCGC